CCUAAUGUUCACUGCCUCUAUAUGUAUCCAUACAAAUAUACAAUGCAUCCCACGCCAGCUUCAAUUUUAUGACCAAGAUUCCACCACCAUGGUCUUGCUUAUAGUUCUUCUAUAUAUAUAUAUAUAUCACACAUAUAUUAUAAGGCUUCUUGCAUCUGCUUACAGUACUGAAGGAGAUCGAUGGGUGUAAUCGGCUAUCUGGACAGUGUAUUGGCUCCCUUGAGUCUGUUUUUGAUGAUAGGUUACCAUACAUAUGUAUGGCAAUACUUCAAGCAUAGACAGUCUCAAACCACCAUUGGCAUCGACGCAAUAAGGAGGAAGUCUUGGUUUUCUCAUCUUGAAAUCGAACAGGCUACUGACAAGAUGGGUAUGCUAGCAGUACAAAGCUUAAGAAACACAUUAAUGGGGACCAUACUCACAGCUACAGUUUCCAUUCUCAUUAGCGUCGCGUUGGCAGCACUUACUAGCAACUCCUACACCCAAAAACACCUCUUCAGUAAUCCAAUAUUCGGCUCACAAUCCGACAAAAUCUAUGUACUCAAGUUCGGUUCGGCAUCAAUAUUUGUGUCGCUAAGCUUUUUAUGCAGCUCCAUGGCCGUCGGAUACCUCAUCGACGCCAAUUUCUUGAUCAACGCUUUCAACGAGUUGUCUUCUGUCGAGCACACACAAAUGGUAUUUGAGCGAGGUUUUCUGUUGGCUACUAUAGGAAACAGAACACUCUGUGUUGCGUUUCCAUUGAUUAUAUGGUUGUUUGGUCCAGUAGCGAUGGCCGUGUCAGCCGUUGCACUUGUUUGGGGACUUCACGGGCUUGAUUUUGCUCCCAAGUUAGUAAAACGUAAUGUGCAGAAACCUAAUUGUGAAUUGUGAUCGCUCAUAUUAUUUCUUGUACACAAUUGUAACAAACUGAAAUCUACUGUACGAUUGACGAGUGGGUGUUGUACUGUUUCAUUUCCUUGAAUUCAUGGGCUUUAGCCUGCCAAGCCCAUGUGUCACUUUCAGCGGGCCUGGACACCCUUCAAAUCAGUAUUAUGGUUUGGGCUCGCUCUUACUGAUUAUAAGCACCAUUUUGGGCUCAAGAGUGGAGACUUAAAACUA